AUGCAAAAAGAUGUGCAGUAUCCAAAGGAACCACCAGAUUUUCCUAGACCGCCUAAGCAACUAUAUGCAUUGAUCGAAAGACCGGAGAAUCGCAGAGUUGGAAUGCUAGAAAGACGCGCGGUGGUUCGCAUCUUCCACACCCGACUCACGAGGGUGAGACCAGGAACCGACUCUACUGUGAGAAACCCGAAUCCAGUAAGGUCAAGAGCUGGGAGAACUGGAGCGGAGAACAAGAGGAGGAGGAAGCCAACGUUCGCAGACUUUGAACUAUCAGAAGACGAAAGGAGUGCUGCCUUGAAGGAGGAAAAGACAGGGUCUGUUCUUUCGGACCUACAUCAAAGUGAUGAGCGCGAGAAAAUUGAAGAGGAUCGGGUUGUCAAGCUGAAGAAGGAGAGACCUAUCAAAGCAGACCAUGCGGAACUGCAUCGGAGCCGUUGA